CAAUUUACCCGUUUAUUCUAUUCUCAGCCUUCUCCAUUUUUUCCCCCCUCUUCCCAUUUCCAUUACCAAGAUCUCCCUCUCCAUUUUUCUUCUCUUUCUCAAUUUUCCUCCUCAGGCUUAAGAUUGCGAAAGAAGUUGAGAACAUAAAAUCCUCAAAUAAAGAGAGGGAGAGCAAAGUCAAAAAAUUUUGAGGGAAAUGAAAUGGCAUUGGACCAUUACAAAGUGCUGAAUGUUGACAAGGGCGCCAGCGAUGAGGAUCUCAAGAAAGCUUACAGGAAACUGGCCAUGAAAUGGCAUCCUGAUAAGAAUCCCAACAACAAGAAGGAGGCCGAGGCGAAGUUUAAAGAGAUCUCUGAGGCCUAUGAUGUGUUGAGUGAUCCCCAGAGAAGGAAAGUAUAUGAUCAGUUUGGAGAUGAGGGGCUGAGGAGCAUGCCUACUCCCAGUUCGAACGGUGCCGGUGAUUUCCAUCCCAGUCAUCGAAAUGCUGAAGACAUAUUCGCUGAGUUCUUCGGGAGCAGUCCUUUCGAAUUUGCCUCCAUGGGACGGGCUAAAUCUAUGAGGUUCCAAUCGGACGGAGGGGGUAUGUUCGGUGGGUUUGGUGGAGGAGAAAGUGGGUUCCGUUCUUGCAAUGGUGGUGGGAGGUCCGUUGGGGGAGGGCAGAGGAAAGCACCGGCAGUGGAGAGUAAGUUACCGUGCAGCCUUGAAGAGCUUUACACAGGAUCAACGAGAAAGAUGAAGAUAUCUAGAAAUGUCCUCAAGUCAAGUGGACGAUUGGUACCAGAGUCGGAGAUCCUAACAGUCGACGUGAAGCCAGGAUGGAAAAAAGGAACUAAAAUCACUUUCCCAGACAAAGGCAACGAGCAACAAGGACAACUUCCAGCAGACCUCAUCUUUGUCAUCGACGAGAAGCCUCAUGGUCUCUACAAAAGAGACGGCAAUGAUCUCAUCAUUGAACAAAAAAUUUCACUAUCAGAAGCGCUCGCAGGGACCACAUUGAACUUCAAGACUCUUGACGGUCGCAAUCUUCCUAUAACUGUUUCUGAUGUAGUGAGUCCUGGGUAUGAGCUUGUGAUUGCUAACGAAGGGAUGCCUAUUGUGAAAGAGCCAAGGAGAAAGGGAAACUUGAAGAUUAAGUUUGACGUUAAGUUCCCUUCAAGGUUGACACCGGAGCAACGGGUAGCUAUCAAGAGGAUCUUGGGAAGUUAAAAAGAAGAGAAUGUUGAUUGUUGUAAAUCUUAUAUACUUUGCAUUAUGAUGUUCUCGACUCUGUAUGUUUAUACAUUGUAUAAUGUAACGGUUUUCAACAGGGAAUUGUAAACAUGAACGUAUUUCAAUCUGUUUUCAUGUUAGAGAGUUAAUAAUCAG